AUGUCUUGCCACUCCGUCCGUACCUGUGGCCCCAGAAAUUUUAGUUCUUGUUCGGCUGUCCUUCACCCGCUAGGGAACGCUAAACCCCCGUGCUCUCCGAGAGUUGCUGGGGUAGGCUAUGAAGGUUGUUUCAGUACCAGGAGCCUGGGGUGUAGCAACUCAUGUGGUCCCAGAAUGGCGCAUGGCAACUGCCUGCCUCCACGGUGUCCCUACAGCUACCAGAGCCUCGGCCCAGGUUAUGACUACUGCGACAGUGGAUAUCGCUGCGGCUUCCAGCGCUCUGGGCCUUGCUGUCCGAACAUCACUCCCGUGAUAUGCAACGAAGCCCUGCUCCAGCCCCUCUGUCUGGAGAUCGACCCCACUGCCCAAGCGGCCAAAUGCCAAGAGAAGAAUGACCUCCAGUGCCUCAACAGCAAAUUUGCCGGUUUCAUUGACAAGGUCCGAUACAUGGAGCAGCGGAACAUGAUGAUGAAGACCAAGCUGGAGUUCCUGCAAGAGAGGAAGUGCUGCAAAAGUAACAUGGAGCCCAUGCUGAACGAGUACAUCUGCAACCUGAAGAAAGAGCUGGAGUGCCUGGAAUAUGAGAAGGCACAACUGCAGGCAGAAAUGAACAACUGGACGGACGUUCUGGAGGGCAACAAGAAAAAGUUUGAAGAGGAAUGUCACCGGCGAACAAGUGCUGAAAAUGAGUAUGUGGCCCUUAAAAAGGAGGUGGAUUGUGUUUUCAUGGACAAGGCAGAAAAGGAAGCCAAAGUGCAGACUCUGCAGAAAGACUUCAGCUUUUUCAAAAGUCUUUUUGGGGAGGAAAUCUGUGAGCUGCAGUGCUGCAUUUCAGACACCUGCGUCACUGUGCAGAUGGACAACAGCCGAGGUCUGAAUAUGGACCAUGCCCUUCAGGAAUUCCGGCAUCGUUAUGAAGAUAUUGCUUGCAGGAGCCGGGCUGAGGUUGAAUCAUGGUGUCAAUGUCAGUUCCAGGAGCUACAGACCACUGUUGCCAAACACUGCGACAACCUACGGUGUGCCAAGGAAGAACUUAAUGAGAUGACAAUCACAGUCCAUAGGCUGGAGGGGGAACUUUCAAAUGCCAGAGCCCAGCGUUGCAAGCUAGAAGAGGAGGUGGCUGCAGCUGAGGAGCGUGGGGAAAUGGCUGUGAAAGAUGCCAGAUGCAAACUGGCAGAGCUGGAAGAGGCCCUGCACAAGGCCAAGCAGGACAUGGCCUGCCAGGUGCGGGAAUACCAGGAGCUCACGGCCGUCAAGUUGGCACUGGAUCUUGAGAUGUGCACCUACAAAAAACUACUGGAAGGAGAGGAAUGCAGGCUGGGUGAAGGAGAAUGUGCUGUGAACAUCUCUGUUCAGAGGAGCCAGGGUGCUGUGGUGUGUGACACUGACUCACAUCCUGUGUGUGGACCCCGAGGAGCAUGUGGACCCAGUGGGAGGAUAGCGACAAUGCCAUGUGUCAGCCCUUGUCCCCCAUGUGGGGAUCUGUGCCUCCCUCCACAAGGCUUCAGCUGUGGGAGUGGAAGAAGAUCUAACAUCCGAUUUGUGGCACCCACUGGUGACUGUGGACCGAGAUACUAGGAAUAUUAACACAGACCCGCCUGACACCAUGGAAUAACCAAU